AUGGAUACUGCAGGUGGACCUUGGACGGUAGUUACCAAUAGAUACGACGGUUCUGUAGGCUUUAACAAAUCAUGGGACAGCUACAGAAUUGGGUUUGGAACAUUGACAGGAGAGUUCUGGAUAGGGUUUGCGAAAUACAGGAUUCUACAGUUGUUAAACCUGAAAAUGCGGAUCGAAAUGGGUGGAUGGGAUGGUUCCCUGAAGUAUGUGGAAUACACGUCGCUGACAGUUUCUCAUGAGUCGUCUUAUUAUACCUUGUCAUAUACGGGAUUCAGCACCCCUCAUGGAUUAGCUGAUCAGCUCGCUGACCAUUAUAACGAGCCAUUUACCACGUACGACAAUGAUAAUGACGACUUUGAAAACAACUGUGCUGAUGCGGCGAACGGAGCCUGGUGGUAUUACGAUUGUUAUGACUCUAACCUCUUCGGCGGUUAU